AUGGUGUCUCCUGGACUUUUGAGCAUCCUGGUGCUAUCCAUCCUUCUAGUGAAUGUCCAAGGAUCAAGUCUGAAUAAUUGGCUCUUUCCCAAGAGAUGCCCCAGAAUCCGAGAGAAAUGUGAAUUCAGAGAAAGGAAUGAAUGUACGAAGGACAGACAUUGCCUGAACAACAGGAAGUGCUGCGUCUUCAGCUGUGGAAAAAAAUGUUUAGACCUCACGCAAGACGUAUGCAAUAUGCCAAAAGACUCCGGUCCCUGCAUGGCUUUUUUUCGCCGUUGGUGGUAUGAUAACAAAAACAAUACCUGCUCCAGUUUCAUCUACGGUGGCUGCCGAGGAAACAAUAACAACUUCCAGACCAAAGCCAUAUGCGAGAACAUGUGCCCCCAAAAACGGAUAUGUCCCAGUAACAAAGUAAAAUGUGAAUUCGAAGAAAGGGACCAGUGUAGGAAGAGCUUACCUUGCCCGCGGAAGAUGAAGUGUUGCAAGUUUAACUGUGGAAAGAAAUGUUUAGACCUCAAUGAAGACAUAUGCAGUUUGCCACAGGUAGCUGGCCACUGCAUGGCCUCCAUUUCACGCUGGUGGUAUAAUAAGACAACUCAGAUGUGCUCCAGAUUCAUCUAUGGCGGUUGCCAAGGGAACAAUAACAACUUCCAAUCUGAAUCAAUCUGCAAGACCAUCUGCUCCAAAAAUUAGUCGUCAUCUUUUCGGGUAAGAUAACCUGAGCUGGCACAGCCCCCAGGAUUUGGCUCAUAAUCCAGGGCUCUCUCCACGUGUGUCUGACUGAUGCUUCAUAUUUGUUUUCACGUAUCAAAUCUCAGCUGCCAAGAUCUUGGCUGUUCCAAACACCGAACUCCAGGAUUUGCUUACUCCCUUUCCUCCAGCUCAGCUACUCUUCAAACAUAACGCCCUUCACCCUUGGACCCUUUCACAGUGUGUGACCUUGUCUCUUCAACUUUCCAGGCCCCCAUUUAUCCUUUGGAAGCCCCCACUUUUUCCUAAUAA